AUGGGCAAGAAACGAGUUCUGGCUGGCUAUGGUGUCGAUGUGGAUGCCGUAUCAGGCUGCAUCAAGAAAGAGCAACAGCAACUGAUUUUUUCCACAGUNGGUUUGCACGGCUACACCCACGAACACAUUUCCAAACUCUCUGUCUCUCAGCAGAGAGACGUCCUCGCCAAAUCCAUCUCGGUAAUCACAAACUUCACCAGCAAAAAGCCUUUGGGUUAUACAGCACCUGCCUGGGACACUAGCAAACAACUCAUUCCUUUGCUCGAAGAAUUUGGCAUCGUGUAUGACCAUUCAUUCAUGCAUCAUGACUUGCAACCUUAUUUUGCGCCGGAUGGAAGUCACGAGUGGGUAGAAACUGAUACCAAAAAGGAAGCCGAGACUUGGAUGAAGCCGAUGACUAAGUUGAGGCCUAGCAAGAUUGUGGAGAUUCCUGCGAAUUGGCAUGUGGAUGAUUGGCCGCCUUUGCAACCCAUGCCGGGAAGAGCUGGUACAAGAAAAAUCGCANNGAACGGUUUCGUCAGUACUCACGAAGUGGAAAGAUUGUGGCUCGAGCAGUUUGACUUUGCCUACGAGACCUAUGAUAGCUUCAUCUUUCCCAUGUCGAUCCAUCCGCAAGUCAGUGGCAAGCCACAGGUCAUCAAGAUGCACGAACGGUAUGAUUUCCCAAGACUUGAUUGUGACGCGAAAGCACUGACACUCCCAGCNAUCAUAAAUUAUAUCAAUAAGCAUGAAGGCGUGGAGUGGAUGUCCUUUGCNGACAUCGCAAAAGAGUUCCUCGAAGGCCGAAUUGAAGGAGUCGACAUCGAAGGAGGAGCGGAAGUCUAG